UCCCGACCCCUUCUGCUCCCGCAGAUGAACCACUGCCUGCCCAAGAAGAUCGUGUUGUACCGGGACGGGGUGUCGGACAGCCAGCUGGACACGGUGCUCAAAUACGAGAUCCCGCAGCUGCAGAAGUGCUUCGACACCUUUGAGAGCUACAGGCCCAGCAUGGCCGUGCUGGUGGUGCAGAAGCAGGUGGGCACCAAUUUCUACUCCGUCUCCUCGGAGCAGCUUUCGGCCGCGCCGGCGGGGACGGUGGUGGAUCAGGGCAUCACCAGCACCGAGUGGCAGGACUUCUUCCUGCUGGCCCACCGCCCGCGCCUGGGCUGCAGCGUCCCCACGCGCUACGUCUGCGUGCUCAACUCGGCCGGGCUGAGCGCCGAGCACCUGCAGAGGCUGACGUUCAAGCUGUGCCACCUCUACUGGAACUGGCCGGGCACCAUCCGCGUGCCGGCGCCCUGCAAAUACGCGCACAGGUUGGCCUUCCUGGCGGGGCAGGUGCUGCAGCACGAGCCGGACGCGCGGCUGUGCAACAAGCUCUUCUUCCUUUGAGCCCAGCCGCGCGCCGCUGCCGUGUGGCUGCUUUCCGGGCCGGCGCUUCGUUUGGCCGCGCUUUGUGCCCCUCGCAGCCCCGCUCUCCCCCCCCUCUCUAUUUUCCGUCCCCUCUGCCGGCCGAUAGCGGGCAGGAGAUAAGGGGGGACUUUGAGUCCCCUGCGCUCCGCUCGCACUUUGGAGGGCGCUGCUUUUCUCUGUUGGCUUUUUCUUUCUGCCGUUGCUUUUGCUUUUCCUGCCCUUCUGUUGCCGUUGGUUCCCGUUCCCUCCAAUAAAGCUGUUCCUGGCAGCGGUG